AAUUUUAGUCACACCAAUCGCUUCAAACUUCCUCAUUGAAUGUAGUCUUUAAUCGCAAUCGAGGAUUUUCCCUGUUAAAAUCCAUUUUUCGUUUGGAAGUGCGACGCUCAUGAUGUUAAUUCUAACACUUUUAGGACUACUGAUGCUAAAUGGGUAUUCAGGCUACGGUAUCCCUGGUAACAAGGGUCUUAUACUGGGGAUAUGGAAUCCUGCGUCGCUAGCCACCAUUACAGAAAUACCGAAAAGCCGUGGAAGACACUUCAACAACGUCUCCACAACUCUUAAAUCGGGAAAUCUGAUCACCAGCAUUGCAUCAGAUCCACAAAAGAAAGUUGUUUUUCUCUCCAUCAAAGAUUCUAUUUACACCAUGAAGAAUUUCAGUAUAUGGCAGAAUACCUCUACCUCGGUUUCAGUCGAGCACAAAGGGAAGUCUAAUGCGAUAGGCCAAAUCGCUUUCGACUAUGUUUCAAAGAACUUAUAUUGGUGCGAUUCUUUGCUGAAGUGGAUUGCCAUGAAACCAGCAUACACGAACGAUACGAUACAUAAUGUCGUAGUGGAUGAAAAUUUGAAGCAACCGGAAGGAUUGACAUUGGACCCUGAAGAUGGAUUGAUGUUCUUUUCUGACAACGCCGCCAAUUCCCGGAUUGAAAAAGCCUCCAUGGACGGAAAAAACCGAUCUGUCAUAGUACAUACUGGUUUGAUUAGAGUGCUGGUUCUCUCUGUUGACACUGGUAAUAAUGUACUCUACUGGGCAGACUAUGCUAGACACACCCUAGAGGCCUGUAACUAUGAUGGAUUACGGAGAAGGGUGUUACAACGUUUAAAUCAGGUUUCAGUGACUGGAUUGCAAUACUAUCAGAAUAUGCUGCACGCUGUUAGCGCUGGAGCUAAAACGGUGUUUGGUAUAGACACGACAUCAGGAUCAUCUCUUUACAGCUUAAAGCUCGAGUCAGCAAAGCCAUUCGCUGUUCACGUUUACGAUGAAGAGACACCCAAGCAUUAUUUAGACCCGUGUUCUUCUCGAGGCUGUCAACAUAUGUGUGUUAACACUCCUACGGGCCCCACGUGUCUCUGUGCCGAAGGCUCCCGACUCUCCACAGACAGCUUGACGUGUACAGAAAGUUCAUGGAUCAACGAAGAUGGUUUCGUCGUAAAUAAUGCAACAACAUUUUUCCUGUUUAGCGUGCUCUCCGUCAAUGGAAGACGUGGCCAGAUUCCGUAUCUUAGCGUUUCAUCUUCCUUCAUCGAGACCUUUGCUGUCGAUGCCAAUUUGCAUGUUAUCUAUUAUAUAGACAGCAAAAAUAGAGCAUUAAAGGAAUUAAACAUCGUCAAUAAGCAGAUCAGAAAAUUGGCAUCCGUGUCAUCCGCUAGAGAUCUCAUUUUUGACUGGAUUUCCAAUCUUCUUGGAUGGAUUGAACCUCACCAGUCUAGCAUCAGGACCUUCUCCCUGAAUUCUCGAACAAUUUCAACAAUCUAUUCUGGACUUCAACGGCCCGUUUCACUAACGUUGGAUGCACAUAAUGGGUAUCUUUUCUGGAUUUCCGGAUCAUCAGGGAAGUCUAUAAUGCGAGGGACAUGGAACAGGGAUACUCCCAAAAUCAUUGUGUCGUCUGCAAAUAUGGGCAAUCCCAGUUCUCUCCAUUAUGACGUCACAAGUAGCAGAAUAUACUGGCUUGAUGGUACAAUUAUUAAAAGCUGUAUGGUCAAUGGAUCUGACAUUAAAAGCCACAUCAUCGCAGUUGGUGCAACGCAGGCAUUUGCAUAUAAGGAUUUCUUUGGUUGGAUAUUUGGGAACAAACUUCAUUUUGCCAGAAAAUCAGCAUUGACUAAGGAGGUUGAUGUGAAUGCAGUAGAAAACGCAAAAGAAGUCACCGUGUACGAUUCUUCUCUACAACAGGACAGAAGAGGUAGUUGUUAUGUCCUGAACGGUGGUUGUGAAGAUAUAUGUAUACCGACACGGAGCGGGCGGAAAUGUGAAUGCGACCUUGGUCUUCAGCUUCAAUCAGAUUUGAAAACAUGUGACAGUAGCGUGUUCUCGACCAAUUUCAUUCUGGUCGCGGAUUACUCACACGGAAGAAUCCUACAGAUCGACAUUAGCACGGGGAAUCUGGUUAAAUUACCAAUAAGUAUAAGGACGGUUCCCGGGAUCGCAUUUGAUAAAACAACAACGGAAAUCUUCUACUCCGAUACCACGACGAAAACUAUUAUGUCCACUUCGCUACAUGGACAGAACACGACUCUAUUCUACACAACAGGUUUUGCUUAUGCUGAUCGUUUGGCGAUUGACGAUUCAACAGGAAUCAUUUACUACACCGCAGUGGGACCAACCCCCAGUCAGAGUUAUAUUGGAGUGGUCCAUCGAAAAAUAUCCCUUCAUAAGACUUUGUUGUCUAACCUGCACAGACCAAGAGAAAUUGUGCUGUACCCAUCAAAAGGUUUCUUGUACUGGACAGAGUUUGGAAAUAUAACUGAAAUAGGUAGAGCAUAUAUGGACGGAACGUCGAAAAUCUAUAUCGCAACAACUGAUCUUGGAUGGCCGAACGGUCUUGCAAUUGAUUAUACAUCUGAGAGACUCUACUGGACGGAUGGACUAAAGAACCGCAUCGAGUAUUCUGAUUUGAAUGGCGGAAACAGACGAGUUCUGACGACGGAUAAUGAAGCACAUUUAAUGAAUAUUGUGAUACAUGAGCAUUAUCUGUAUUACACCGCAUGGAAUCGACAACGGAUUACAAAAAUGGACAAAGAAACAGGUUCUAAAGUUACCUUUAUGUCAAACCAUCCAGAGCUUGGUCGACUUGACAGUCUUGCUAUAUAUGCAGAUGAUAUGAAUGAUGUGAGCACAACUUGUUUGAGGAAGAACGGUAAUUGCAGCACAUUCUGCUUUCCUACGCCAUUCGGAAGAACAUGUGGGUGUCAGGACAAUGUGGAUCUACAAUCAGACCAAACCACGUGUCAAGGAGUGUCUCGCUGUAUUACUCCACAGAACGUGGAGUUGCCUGACUGCGUUCCAUAUCCUGGUCAGACUUGCGAAUUUAAGUGCAAACCCGGAUACCGAUUUGCCAACAGCAAGUAUGUUACUUGUGAUGCUUUCGGCAGAUGGGUUCCAUCAGUAUCUUCCUUGUGCAUUGAAAUAACCUGUCCAUUGGAAAUUAGUAAUGGUAAUUUGUCUGCUUCCUGUGGAGGACGAGUCGGAGAACAAUGCGGGGUCCUUUGUGCAAAGAAUUUUGUAUCUGUCUCUCUACAAUUAGUUUGUACAAAUUCAGGAUCCUGGAAUAGAGAAACACGCAAUAUUUGUGUACAAACUGCGCAAAACACAACUGCACAGCAAAAGAACGACGGUGUUCAAACGUACAUUUAUAUCGGAUCAUCGAUUGCGGGGGCUACUGCAAUAGUAAUUGUAAUAGUUGCUGUUGCGUGUUGCAUCAAAAGAAAACCAUAUCGAUACGUUUACAAACGAUCGUCUGCAACGGAUGACAAUUCUUACUUAACGUUCAGAAAUGGCGGAUACUUGACAGGCAGUAACAUGCCAGAACGUCCGGUUUCAGAUCAGUACGUUACCAUUGACGACACAUUCGCUUCCGGUUACGAAGAUCCAGUGAAAGGAACCUAUCUCAACCCCAUAUCUGGUGUCUAACUGAAACGAUGCUAAUUCAACAGCAUGUCAUCCUUCGUAUCUAAUUUGAAUAUUUUGAUUUAUUAAACUUGCUGUAGUCAAAAACUGGUAUAGUCAAAAACCACACUCUUUGAAUCUGUAUAUUUUACUAAAUGUAAAAGACUAAAGUGUUCAUGUGUGUAUUUUAUGCUUAUUACCUUGUUAAACCACUUUUAAAAUAUCUUGUACGUACGACUUACUGUAUGUCGUUUGUACCACUUAUUAUCUCGUUAUAACGACUUAGUAUCUCGUUUUUACGACUUAUUAUCUCAUUAUUACGACUUAGUAUCUCAUUUGUACGACUUAUUAUUUCGUUAUUAUGGCUUAUUAUCUCGUUAUUACGACUUAGUAUCUCGUAAUAACGACUCAUUAUGUCGUUCGUACGACUUAGUGUUUCUCGUAACUACAAGUUAUUAUCUCGUUCGUACGAGUUAGUAUCUCGUUCGUACGAGUUAUUAUCUCAUCAUUACAACUUAUUAUCUCGUUAUUACGACUUAUUAUGUCGUUCGUACGACUUAUUAUCUCGUAAAUACAACUUAUUAUCUCGUUAUAACGACUUAUUAUGUCGUUCGUACGACUUAUUAUCUCGUAAAUACAACUUAUUAUCUCGUUAUAACGACUUAUUAUGUCGUUCGUACGACUUAUUAUCUCGUAAAUACAACUUAUUAUCUCGUUAUAACGACUUAUUAUGUCGUACGUACGACUUAGUAUGUGUCGUAUAUACGACUUAGUAUCUCGUACGUACGACAUAUUAUAUCGUAAUAACGACUUAUUAUCUCGUACGUAUGACUUAGUAUCUUGUUCGUACGACUUAGUAUCUCGUACGUACGACAUAGCAAAACUUUAUAUCAAUUGGCAGCAAUACGCUUCCAUAAAAAUAGAAUAAGCGAAGGAUAUAAAAUAUAUACCAUUCACACUUACUUCAAGCAAAAUGCAAAUACAUGUACAUAAAUACUACUGUACUUAUAAACAUGACAUGUAUGCUCGCCAUGAAAACGCAUCGAAUGCGGACGACUAUUUACCUGGGUCUACUCGUAAUAUGUGUAAAGGACCGAAGAUGUACUUGUACACUUGUUGAGAAUACUCUAAAUAGUAGUAAAAUAAUAUUUACCCUGUAUUGUGCAUGAGUCCUUAUACCGCAUGAUUUACUGGUCGAAGUAUUGCAGAUCUGUAAAUCAGGAAAUCAUUUACGUAGAUAAAUUGUAUAUAUAAUUUGCGUAUACAACACUGUACGAGUGUAUGGGAUGUGAGAGAGAGAGAGAGAGAGAGAGAGAGAGAGAGAGAGAUUUUUUCAAACGAUGAUCUUGUAAUAAUCACACUUAUUAAGAAAAAUGACAUCGUUAAUUCAAUAAAAGAGAAGAACAGUAACUCAAUAUUACUCUCAUUAAUUGAUAGUACAGAUUUAUUUGAUUGAUUUUCAUUUCGUAGAUCUGGCCCAAUGGAUAUAUACUGAAAAUAGACAUACCGCUGUACGUCGAAAUUUCAAAUCAAAUGUAUUCGAUAAGAUGUUAGUAUUCAUAAAUCAGUGAAAUUCGUGUUGAGGUUUGAUUUUAUAUGAUACAAUGUCAAUAUACUAUAAUGCACGAGUAGGAUUUGCAAACGACAAGGGUAUAAAUAUUUUCAAUUUUCAUUAGUAGUAUCAAUAUCUAUAUGAUCACGAAAAAACAUUAUAUAAAUUCUGGAUAUUGCGCAAUUCGGAGUUUAUAUGGAACCUGGUCCGUUUGUAUUUGUAGUUUUAACGGAUCUCAGUCCGUUUUGUAUUCACAUAUUAGAAUUUCUGUUGUUUGUCCUGUUAGACGAUAGCAUUAUCAUUAUCUUUCCAUUCGCUCUAUUCAGUUCACAAAGUUCUUUUUCUAUGUUUGUGAUAAAUUUAAGUCCCUUUAAUUAAUAAACAUUCCAAGCCUCUGUUAUCUUUGCGUUUUAUUGAGAAAAUAAUCGAUUGGUAAGGUAUCCUUUUUCGCGGGGUUUUUCUAUUGUAUUGCGUGCAGUACAUGACAAAAUUUAGUAGAUUUUGUUUUAGAAUUUUGUCAAACUUGAAAAUCGUGUUUCCUUCUUGUGAAAUAUUGUUUCAAAAUUUUCUGUGUUGGUUUAUAUGUAUCACAGGGUUUUAACAUGAGAUUUGUGCAUGUUUUCUUAAGAACUAGAAAUUAUAUGUAUUUUGAUUGAUAUGAAUAUUUUUGUGUUUUCAAGUAAUCUAAUCACUCACAUGUUCAACUGAUUUGUUCCUUUAUUGAAAAAAUGUGUGUACAAUUGUGUAUUUCUUCCUUUUGUAGCUUUACACCAUCAUAAUGGAGAAUACCAAAUAAACACUUAUUUGAAACA